CGAAAUGGCGCCGUUGGGUUACUGCAGUUAUGGAUACGUGUGAUUCUUGGUUGGCAUUGGCGAUUGACUGGGCUUGCGUCGAGAGACUGGUUGUGUCGUAUAAAAGAUGAAGACAAGCAGCCCACUGGACAGGCAAUUCAUACGUGAGCUGUGUUUCUAACACAGGUUAGACUGAACAUCCUUACUGGCCGCGCGCGCGUGGUAUGAAAGAUGCCAACAGACAGCCCACUAGACGAGGACCGGGACCGGGACCGGCGCAUGGACCGGGGGUGGGCCUGGGUGGUGCUGUGCGGCACGUUCUUCGCGGUCUUCCUUAACGGCUUUAUGGGCUACUCCGCGGGGGUGCUCACGACGGCUCUGCUCGACGAAUACGGGGAGGACCUUGCCAAGACGUCGGCCGUUGGCUCGCUCCUAGUCGCAAUGCAGUGCCUGUCAGGUCCCGGCGUGGGUUUGGUGAUCAACAGGCUGGGAUGUCGCACCACAACGUUCUUGGGCGGAAUUCUCGGAGUGCUGGCCAUGGUGGGAGCCUCCCUCUCUCACAGUCUCGAUAUGGUGCUUGUCACAUUCGGGGUCCUCAUGGGUCUGGCUCUAGGUCUAGGAUACAUCCCGGCUGUGGUCGUCGUGGGCCACUACUUCCAUCGAUUCAGACCAUUCGCUUCCGGUGUGACGGUGGCUGGUGGCGGCCUGGGGAUGAUUGCAGGACCGCCCUUUGUUCGAAUGGUGCUGGACCACUAUGGACUUGGUGGAACGUUUCUCAUCUUAGGAGGGAUCAGUUCUCACUUCUGUGCCAUUGGCUUGCUCAUGAGGGUAUCGCCGGUAGAAGCGGAUGUUAAGAAAAAGAAUAUGGCGGAGAAGAAACGCAGGAAGUGGACCAAUGAAAAACGUUCUUACUUACAACGUCUCUGUUGUAAAAAGAUGGACAGGAAUCUACAAGAAGAAAAAAAAAUGACAGCUGAAAACAACGACGAGGAGAAAAGUAUUACAGAAGAAAUCUGUGAUACGAAAAGAAAAAAUAAGUUGGACUAUAUUACGGACGUGAUCAACACUUUCACCAAAGGAUCUUUUGUGUGUUUCGUUUUGAGCAUUGCCGCGUGGAAUGCCGGGGAAUCGGCAACGCUGGUUCAUUUCCCAAACUACAUACAGGAUCGCGGCUUCUCGAAACAACACGCCGCCUCUCUGUACAUUGUGAUGGGCCUCGCCAACAUCCCCUCCAGACUUCUGACGGGGUUCGCCGCUAACGACGAAAACAUCAGCGGUCUUUCCUUAUUCAGCGGGCAAAUGGGCCUGGCCGCCAUUUUGACUAUGACGUUUCCGUUGUACUCCGACACGUACGGCGGCCAACUGCUGUACGUCAUCGGCUUAGGUUUGUACAUAAGCGGCGUCAACAGUUUGAUGAACCCGAUAACGGUGGAGUUGCUAGGGUUACACAACCUGGCGACUGGUUUCGGGAUUGUUAUGCUGAUGGCAGGUGUGGGGUACCUGAGUGGAGCACCUAUUGCAGGGAUGAUCAUGGACACUACAGGGACGUACACACUGAGUUACAUCUUCGCAGGAUCUCUCUAUCUCAUGUCAAGCGUUUUCGCUUUGUUGUGUGCCUUUAUGAAAACGUCAGCAGCCAAGACCGUGGACCACAGAAACAUCACGGUGUUGGUGGAGGACACGGCAUCACGUGACGUUCUUGGUCAGGACACGAGCAUGCUUGGCGAUGCUUGUACUGAUGAGGAGGACGCCAGGGAACUUGAUGUUAGAGUUCACGAGGUCUCCUCGUCCUCUGUAGACACCGGGCGACCGACCAUGACGUCAUGACCACAGACAUUCGACACACACUGGUAUAUGUGGGUAAACAGGCCUGUAGCCAGCAUUUGACAUAGACUGGUAUAUGUGGGUAAACAGGCCUGUAGCCAGCAUUUGACACAGACUGGUAUAUGUGGGUAAACAGGCCUGUAGCCAGACAUUUGACACAGACACGUAUAUGUGGGUAAACAGGCCUGUAGCCAGACAUUUGACACAGAUUGGUAUAUGUGGGUAAACAGGCCUGUAGCCAGACAUUUGACACAGACUGGUAUAUCUGGGUAAACAGGCCUGUAGCCAGUAUAUGUGGAUAAACAGGCCUGUAGCCAGACAUUUGACACAUAUUGAUAUAUGUGGGUAAACAGGCAUGUAGCCAGACAUUUGACACAGAUUGGUAUAUGUGGGUAAACAGGCCUGUAGCCAGCAUUUGACAUAGAUUGGUAUAUGUGGGUAAACAGGCCUGUAGCCAGCAUUUGACACAGAUUGGUAUAUGUGGGUAAACAGGCCUGUAGCCAGACAUUCGACACCGAUUGGUAUAUGUGGGUAAACAGGCCUGUAGCCAGACAUUCGACACCGACUGGUAUAUGUGGGUAAACAGGCCUGUAGCCAGACAUUCGACACAGACUGGUAUAUGUGGGUAAACAGGCCUGUAGCCAGACAUUCGACACAGAUUGGUAUAUGUGGGUAAACAGGCCUGUAGCCAGACAUUCGACACAGACUGGUAUAUGUGGGUAAACAGGCCUGUAGCCAGACAUUCGACACAGACUGGUAUAUGUGGGUAAACAGGCCUGUAGCCAACAUUUCGAGUGGGAGGGUUUGACUAGGUAUUUGCUGGGGCUUUUUGGAAAUGAAGUUGCCCGAGUUUUGUAUAGGGAUGCAGGGGCAUGCCCGCCCGCCCGCCCGCCCGCCCGCUCCCACUCCCCUCUGGAAAACUUAAAAUCUCUGUAAGCCUAAAACGCGUUUUCCUGGCAUCUGGAACUUUAAAAAAUCGUAUUUAAAACAAUGAUUUUCGACUAUUUUGUAGAUUAUAGUUUUGUUUUAUGUUUUUAUGUUUUAAUUUUAUUUGUUAAGAUAAUGAAAUUCUAGAACACAACUAGGGUAUUGACGCGAAGUAUAAAUAUUUUUGGCAACUGCUUAUUGUAACCUUGGCAACAGAAAGGGUACCGUACGAGUACCUCCGAACUAUGAUCAGUUACUUUAAAGGCAUACUGUCACGGAUUUAAUGAUCUUCUUUCUCUAAAAAUGGAUAAUAAAUGAAAAUUGCAUCAAUGUUUGGAAACCAAAUCUGGCUAUCGCAUCACCUUAAGUGAACCAUGAUGGAGUGAAAUCCAUGUCAACCCUCUCUGCAAUUUAAGUUUUUGAAUUAUGGACUAUUGCCAUAAUUAAAUCAUUUUUACUAAAUAUCAUUAAUAGGUUGGUUAUGGUGAUUACGCAAAUGGUUGAAUAAUGUACGUUUAUGGACAAAUCAAAUACAUAUUUUCUUAGGUAAUACUUUGUUGGGCCAAUUAAUAGAUGAGUGGUCUGCGACAAUAUGCCUUUAAAAAUAAAACACAUUACGUUCUUAACAAUUUUAUCGAAUCGCCGCCAACACAUGCAGCCUCUGUGUAGCCCUCGAAAGUUUUCAGCAAAAGGUAUUGCCUAAGGUAUUGUAUCCCAUUUAAUUUUUGUCACUGAUGCGUCAUAUCAUCAAAAUGACAUCUACAUGUUGGCCGUAAAACGUUUUGAAAUACCUGGAAAUAACCAGCAUGGUCAAGUACCUUCUGUGCUAAAAUGACAGAAAAAUAUUGCGUGAUACAUACAUGGAAGCCAAUGUCGAUUUCAAUCUCUGUAUAAAGGUCAAGGCAUGAACAAGAUUACUUUCUGUUGUUAAAAAAAAAAUUCUAACUUUGGUUGAUAAAUCAAUGGAAGGUGUACUUUUGGCAUUGUCAUGUAAUAUUACUGAAGUCUACAAGAUCAUCAAUAUAGCAGAAAGUACUUUUUUCUUUCUUUUUUUUCUGCAUGUAGGUUCCUUUUUUGUUUUAUUUGGCCAGAUUAGUUAGAAACCCUGAAUCAUGUACACCGCAGCUUUGGUAAAGGGAGUGUUAAAUAACCAGUGGCGUAGGAAGGUGCCAAAAAGUAGAGGAGGGGCACACUUUUAUAUUUAGACACUUUUACACUAUUAUAAAGCAAAUAUAAAGCAUAAUAUAUGAAAAGUGUGUGUGUGGGCACACAUGCCCAUAUUGCCCAACCCCCCUUGUCUGAAGCGAUCUGUUUUGUAUGGUAUAAUUUAUGUGAAGCGGUUAGUGUAUGAAUAUUUAACUAAGAACUGUAGAUGGGCGCCAUUUUUUGAUUAGUCCAGAUUUACCAAUUACGACGUUGAAAUUACAAUU